ACCGCACUCCAACUCAAUCUCGAUUGCCAUUGAACAAGGAACCUUGCCGGUCCUAGACGGCGCAUAAAUCUCUUCGGCAUGGAUCCAUCGGCCCUCCCGCAAAUCGUCAACGCUUUGGCACAGAUCCACAACCCAUUGACACCAAACGAUGUCCGAAAACAGCUUCAAACCGAUUUAGAAAACCUUAAGGAGAACUACGAGUUCGCUCCCAUCUACGGAUUCGAGUUAGCGAAGGUGACGGAGGCUGAGGGCGUGGAUGUCGGGAUGGUACGGCAUUUUGGGUUGAGUAUGUUGGAGGGGUGUGUACGAUAUGCGUGGACGAAUUAUUCGGAUGAACAGAAGUUGGAGUUGAAGGGGUGUGUUGUGCAACUUGUUGUUCAGGAGGCACAACGAAACUCACCGUCGUAUAUUCCAGAAAAACUGUCGGUAUUACUUACGGAAAUUGCGAAGCGGGCAUGGUUCAGUCCCUUCUUCCCCGAAUACUCAGCAACUCUUCUCGGUCUUUGGCGCGAAUCACCCAAAACCCGACUGAUCGCCCUGUCAUCACUCACCUCACUCAUGGAAGACACCUUUAUCCUGGAUGACCCCGUAUGCGCAUUGCGUCACCAAACCCUGACGGCGGGAAUGCUCAGCGUUCUCAUGUCCGACGCCGUACGAAAGAACCUAGGUACAGCCCCCGUACCAGGCGCAGAAUUCGAUGAGAGAGAAGCGGGUGAUCCAGGCUGGUUCGCCCGUUGGGCAGAAUGUAUGACGGAAUGUUCCAUCGCAGCCGACCAAGGCGGCGAAGGCGCCCAAAUAGCCAUCAAACUCGGCGCAGCAGUCCUGAAAGCUUUCAAGAUCUGCGUUGGGCUGACGCCAACGGAAUGUUUUAUCGAGGCGCAGUUGUUGCAGAGGUUGUGUAGUGCGUUGAUGUGUACGUCGGUACAAAUCGCUACAUUGGCUGCGGAUUGUCUUUACCUGCUGUUUUCGCGUCAAGCGGCACCAACGGACCCAUUCAUGCCUCAGAUCGCAACGAUGUUUCAGAGUGAGAGUUUGGCCGGUUUAGAGAUGGUUUAUGACCGCGUCUGUGCAGGGCUGGACCCGGAAGCAUUGGAUGAGGAUUACUACAUUUAUCUCAAGAAGCUGGUUGAGGCGAUCGUGGCGCUUGGUGUGUAUAACCUGCUGGACGAGGUGCGUGCUGCUGAGUUGCCGAGUGACGAGAGUCUGGAGAAGUAUUUUGGGUUGGUGAUGAAGACGAGUAGGCAUGAGUCGCUGCUCGUGUCAAGUUUGAGUCAGGGGUUCUGGGAGUUCUCGUUGAGGAAUAAGAGGUUGAAUGAGAAAGAGGCUUUGGCGAAGAUUGUGCCGCAUCUGCUUGAGCUCGCUGGGGAGAGGCUGAUCAAGUACGAAGAAUUCAAGGGAGAGACGGAGAUUGCUGCGUUCAAGAACUCCUUGACAUACUUGGAAACGGAUAUCGACUCUAUCCCAGAGAUGCAUAUGUUCACCGGAAACUACCGACGUUUCCUCUUCGAUAUCGCUCGCUUGUGUGUCUGCAGACGUCCGGUUGAAGCGGUUGCUUAUACCAACCAACGCCUGAAUAUGUUCCUUAACAUGCCGCCUGAUCCGGCACAUCGUGAUUCGAUGGGUUUCUGUACGAAGAAGAAUUAUACGUAUUUGCUGUGUGAUGCGACAUUUGUUCUUAUCGAGGCAACGAUUCGUGGUGUGAAGAGGUGGGAGACGCUGCAUCCUGGUGAGGAGUAUGCGGCGGUGAAGCAGCAGUGUUUAUCGACGAUGCAGGAAUGGUGUGAGCGGACUGUGGGGUUGGAUAUUAACGACCCGUUGAUGCUCGGAAAGCAGGUGCAAGUAAUCGUCAGUUUUGCGGGUGCGGUGUUGGAGGGCAAUCAAGCUCUCAUGUUUAAGGUUCUGGAAAAGGUGCUUACGGGUUGGGCGUAUGUCAUCCCCGACGCGGACAAGACCGUGUUGGGUACUUUGCAGGAGGUCAGGGGAAAGUGUGGACAGGAAAUGUUGAAGCUUGGCGCGAUGUUGCCGAAUCAGUUGUGGCCUAUCUAUGAUCAGUUGGAGAAGACGGUUAAUGAGAUGUCAAGCGAUAUCGCGCGGUUGAGCAGGACUGAUCUUCCUAUCCCGAGGGCGCUGUUGUUGAUUAUUGCGCAGAGGUCAAAUAUCUCACAAGAUGUCAAGAAGACGAAGUUUGAGGACAUUGUCUCGCCGGUGUGUAAUGCCUGGACGGAGGCGGAUAUCACGAACAAGUUGUCUAGUUUGGAGGGGUUCAUGGAAAUGAUGGGGUUGGAUAAAAUGAUGCUGUAUUUCAGGAAGCGUGGGAUUGCGCCAGGAGCGAGUUUGAGCAAUAUCGAACUCGAUGUGGAGGGUGAGGCGCUGCAGAAGGAGUUGAAGGAGUUGAGGCGAUGGGUUUGGCCUUUGCGCGGAUUCCGCAAGUUUAUUGAGUGCACGGUCGACUCGCACAGCAAGGAGCACCCUCAGCACCAGUUCACCCUUGACUUAUGGGCGGCGAAGAUUGGUCAAAUCGUACCGAAUAUUCUUAUGUUGUUGCGACAGGUUCAUGCCUACUAUACCCCAGCCAACUACGCGUCUCUGCCAGCGGAGUUGCAGUACAUUGUGCAGCAGAGUGUGAUUGAGAGAUACUGGCUGCACGGUGUUAGCUCUACCACGAAGGAUGAGUUCAUUGCUGGCAGCAAGGCGACGGGAACAAUCAAGGAGUUGGUCGAGUCCGCUGGUGAUUGGAUUCGACAGACUCGUGAGUAUUGUUACAUCCUCCUCGGCGUCCUGUCGAACCUCGACACCAGGUUCUACAGUCUGCCGGGUCUGUCACAGACGAUUAUGCAAUCGUUGUUCACGAACGUGGAUGGGCUCAGUUUGCAUGCCUGGACGCAUCUGCUCAACAUCGGUGUUCGUCCCUUGGUCGUCAACUGCCCCGAAUCGUUCCGGGACGACUUCUUACAGGCGGUGCUUCCUCCGUUAUUAAACGAAUUGGAUGCAAAACUUGUUCGUGAAUGGGCAAGAUUAACCCAGCGAGGUCUGCUGACUGCGAAAGCGGAUGAAGGUCAGGAUGGUUCUGCAGAUGGCGAAGGGCUUUCCAGCGAGAUGAUGGAGGAGUCUCUGAUGAGGCACUUGUCCUUCGCGGCUAUAAGGCUGUCGGCGGACAUCAUCCAGCCCGUCAGUGAGCGUACGGUACAGGCACAUCUUGCCCAAAGCGGCCACUCAGCAAACGCCAAGACUGAGUUCUUGCACCUGCAAUCGCUCAAGCGGUAUGUUCUGGGCUCACCGGCGAUUGUUGAACCCUUGCUGGUGCUCUGCACACACUUCCUUACCACCCAUGAUACCCGCUGCUGCAGCAAGUCCAUCGCACUGUUACGCGAGAUCAUCCCCGAGCUUGUUCAGCCUCGUGGACAGACAGGUGAGAUCAAUGCUGUGCAGAACUACAUCUGUACCGAGAUUUUCCGAGCAGGUGUUCUCGCCCUUCACGACGAGUACUUUAUCGAGCAACAAAAGGAGAUUACGACUCUUCUCACACUCAUCUACAUCCAAGGAAUCUCAGUUGUGGGUUCUUCAGCUCCCCGUGAAAUUAUCAAGGCAGCGAUCCCUACCUUCGAUCACCAGGACUUCGAGAGGAGGCUCGGACAGGCCAAGACGAGCAAACAUCAACGUGGAAUUAUGUGGGCCCUUUUGGAGAGUAUCAAGGGUGUUGCCAAGGGAGAGCAGGGAAAGAAGGCCGUCAGUGCGCAGCAGGAGAACAAGGAGUUGAUCCAGCGCUUGCUGAAGGCUGGUAAGGAGAGACAAAAUGAGACCGAGAACCACCUCGAUGGACUUUCUACCAUGAUGGACGAGGGAAACCAUGAUGGACCUCCUCCACCUGCUCAGCUGGAGAUCACUAUGUAGGUGGACAUCCAAGGCUUCUCAAGUUGAAGGUGGUUUUGCUUAGCUAGUACACGGAUAUAUGCUUGGAUAUCGGAAGGAGUUUGCUUCUCAGCUCGAAACAUCAAAAACACUUAUUAGAUUCCUUCACUCUCCAAUUGUGGUGCAAAGUCUGAAGCCCAGUCCACGUACUCUUUCAAUUGAUCUCAAAAAUCCAAUGACAUGUCAAU